GCCAGCUGGGAAACGCGCUGACUUCUCCGGGAGCCUGGAAAUCGGCGUGGCUGUGGCUCGGCGGAACUGAAAUUGUGGGAGGCGGUCUGGCAGGGGGGUGUGUCGGUCUGUACGCAAGCUGAAGUGUGUUGCCUCUGGAGCAGGUUGGCUGUAAGAAUGAGGAGAGGGAUCAGAGAUUUCUGACCCUCAGAGCCAUUUUCUUAAACGUCUCGUAGAAACGUUUCAAAGCCACAUGGACAGAUUCUAAAAAUGGAAUGGGGAGGAGAGUAUUCUUUUGAUUCUUCCAAUUUAGACUGUUUGUUAGAUGUCCUCCCUGGAGAAUUGGAAUUUAGACAAAUCCUUAGUGAUCUUGAUGAAAAAAUAAAGAAGAACUCUUCCAGCAUAGAAAAGUGUCUUAAGGACCUGCAAUUGGACAUAAAUGAAAUCUGUACUGAUGAAGUACUACAAAGCACAACUGACUGCAUUCAGUGGCUAAAUAACUGCAAUUUUAGUUCUCUGAGACCUUCUUCUACAGACCAUGGAGAGCUGCUGGAGUUCCUUAAGACCUUGCAAAGCUUGUUGAAGAAUGAGAAGAAUCAAGAAGAAAUGGUACUUCACUUCCUUCUGGAUCUGUCUAGUCAGUGUGGUGUCUCAUUUCCCUGUACUGCAAGUGGGACGUCUUUUGAGAUAACAUCCUCGCUUCAUACAAUUCAGGAUGAUUCAGCUGUGGAUGUGAAAUCUCUUUGGGACGAUGUGAGAUUGCAUCUUCGACAAUUUUUAGUAAAUAGACUGCAAAGUCAAGAAGAAACAAACACUAAUGCUUCUCAACAACAAAUGGAGUUUAAAACUCAGUGUGUGCAGCAGCUUUUGUUUCUUUAUCCCAAAUCAGAAGUCUUAAUGAGGUAUCAAAAUAUGCAGAAUAAACUGGUUAGUGAUCUUCUACAAAACUGUAUUUUGUCUAGUUGUGGUGAAACAAAUUUUGAUAAGGUGGUUCAUGGUUACCAAAGUUCCAUACCCAGAUUGUGCACAAUGAUAAAAGAGGAUUUGUAUAUAUUAAGUGGGACAAUUGGUCCAUCUUCGUCAUUAAAGUUUAUUAAUGAAACUUACCUGGAUACCAUCACUGAAGAAAUGACAGUUCUUCUUGAAAGACUUUGUGAACUGCAGUUCAAAGAAAAUGCUCUACACAUAGUUAAAGCAAACAAGAUUUCAAAGAAGCAUGGAGGAAGAGUUCACGCUGUGGCCUCCCAGGAAUACCAGAGGAAAGGACGGAACUUCUGCUUAACCUUAUAUCAACUCAAAUGUCUUUCUCAACUUAUCAAACUCUUCUUAUUAAUGGAGGAAAAAAUUGAAGAGCUCUCUACAGAAUUUCUGCUGCUGCCUUCAUUUACAGAGAGGAAUAAGAAUGUUCAAGGAGUUCUGAAGAGAGCUAGUGGGGAGUUUUUAAUAGGAGAAACUAGAGCAAAUGAAACCAGCGUGCUUCCUGAGCAGUUACUUCAGGUAGAAGAGCCUAUUUUACUGAGUUUUGGCUGGAGAAAUGCAUUUAAAGACCUGUCUUCUUCUGUGGCUCACUGUAUAACAAUAGCAAUUGAGGAUUUUUCAUCUAAAAUUCUUCAACAUGAGCAGAAAGAAGAGUUUUCAGCUGCAGGCUGUGCAAUGAGUCUUGUAAACAACCAGCAAAUGAGGGAGUCCUGCAGAGCAGUCCAACAGGAGGAGCAACCAAAACGAAUUGCUAAGUUUUGUUCUGACAUCAUGGAAGAACUCGACACAUUGCUUCCAUUGGCUCUGGCCUGCAGAGAUGAUUCUCUACAGGAAAUAAGAGCAAACUUUGUAGAGGCCUGCAGCAAAGUGGCAACGGCUGUUCUGGCAAGACUAGAGGAGAAAAGCAAAGAUGUUCCCUUGAAGGCUCCCCUGCAAGACUUGUAUGCUGCCCUUUCCACGGCGAUAUAUGUCUUUCAGCAUUUUACAACGUACAGCAAUUUAAUGAGAGAAACAAGCAAAAAACCCCUGUUCCUAGUGCCUAUCCAAAAAUGUCAGGAAUUUAUCAACACUCUCCAGUUUCAAGUUACGAACUACUGCAUCAGAGUUUGUGCUACAAGCAUUUUACAGGAUGCUGAGAGCCACUGCUGGGAUGACUACAAAGCUUUUUACGAGGGGGAAAGAUGCUCAUUCUCUGUCCAGAUGUGGCAUUACUUCUGCUGUGCUCUUCAUCAUGAUCUAUGGACUAUUCUACCUCCAAAGACAGCCCAGGAGAUUCUUACAGAUGUACUAGAGCGAUCUUUGGAUAUUCUGUGCUCCAGAUAUUGUCAGGUGUGUCCCAGCUACAAAAGAACAACACAAAUCAGAGUUGAUAUUGCAGCAAUUUUGAUGUCCACUGAAGAUAUGCUCUGGUCAAUUUGUAGUUCUGCGCAGGAGUUUCUGAAUCCACACAAAGACAGAAAUCUCAAGAUCUAUAAAAUACAUAGCCACUGCAAUAGUCUGAUCUCCGUGCUGGCUAUUUUAACUUCACCAUUGAAGAAUUUGUAUGAGACAUUUCUGGAUAAUUCUGAUGAACAUCUUCCUCAAGAUUUUUCAGAAGUCUUUUAUCAUCCAUUGCACUGGUUAUUUUGCAUACCGUCAUCCUGUUUUUUCUUUCAAAAGACUCCAUCAGCCAGAGAAAUGGCAUCCCAAGGUCUUCUGAAGCUGCUCUUAUCCCAGCCAUACUGUCAUUUGAACUUGCUUUUGGAAACAUUGCUACACCAUGAUUGUUUCUUAGUGAAAAUUUUGUUGAGAAGCUCAAGUAAUCAAGCAUUAAAUUGUGGCGAACAAAGUUCUCUCUUGGAACAGGAAAAUAACAAAGAGCCUACUCUGAUUGAAACAAUCUUCACAGUAUUGUCUUACUGCACUUUAUCACCCAAAUCUCUUGGCAUUGCUUUUGAGUCCUACAUGGAAAAAGAGCUGCUGUGGAGCUGCUUAUACAAUAUGACAGUUUCCAGUUGUGGUGAGUCGGAGCCUGAAGUUGUCAGAUGCUUGAAGUUGACUUUGAUUAAUUCAGUGAAGGGUAUAGUGAAACAAAUAAUUUCUUUGAUGCAUUCAUGGGAGGCAACAGAAAACUAUGGAACAUACCAGCACAAGCAAAUAGUUCCUGAAGGUUUACUGAAAACUGUUCCAAAGGAAUGGAAUUACACUCCUCGGGAAAUGAAGAGAAAAGAAUCUGGCAAAUGCUUCACAAGGCUUGCAGCUCAAGCAGUAUCUAUUGUAAUCAGCAAGUUACCUACAGUGAUUGCAUGUUUGCCUCCCCCAGUUAAAUACUUCUUUUUUCUGGCUGAGAGAAAAAUGUCAAGAAACUUUGCUGAAUUGAAGAAAGCUGGUCUGCUUGUCUGGAACUUGAUUGUAAUUAUAUGUCAGAUAUUUGAGGAUGGAAAUACUGCAGAAUUUUUAACAGGUGCAACACUUGACAGAUGGAGCAAAGAAAAACUCAGUUUAGUUCGUGUGUGCUUAGAAAGUAUUAUGGGAAAACAGAAAAGUGGUCCUAAGCAAGUGACCCAGAAGAUCAUACAAAGCAUUGAGCAGCAAAGACCAAACUGGAUUGAGAGCCAGUUGCUGAAGGCAAGAAAAUUGAGCAUAGACUGUGUCUCAGUCACAGUUAAAGGUGCAACAUUAGAGGAAGGAGGCAUUGCACUUGGAUUGUCUGAGCAUAAUAUAAACAUGAUGGUCCUGGAUAUCUGCCACAAACCAGGUGGUAGUGAGUACCUGAGGCAAAUUUAUCACAUCAUCCGGCUCAAUGAGGAAUAUUUGAAAGAGCAGCUGUCUUGUGAGAAUUCUUCUGAAGAUGGUGUUACCUCAAGUCAAUAUCUGCCUUUGACGCUGAAGGGCAGAGAAGAGCAGCCUGUCUUCAACCCUUUCCAGGUGUACAGACAAUCUUAUGCAAAAGUAUUCAAUCAGUCAGCCAUUACUGAAUGGAACUGGGAUUGGUCAAGCUUGCUGCCAGGUCACUUGGGACAGAAUCAGAUGGCCUUCAAGGUGCUGCUGUCACAGAGGAAUGGUAUUCCACAAUGUAGUGCUCCUGCUGAGACUCUCCAAACCACUGAACCACUGCUUACUCCUUUCCCCCUUACCUCCCCUGUGGUGCUGUGGAGAGGAGAAUUGGAGGCACAAAACAUAAACAUCAUGGGUUGAAACAAGAGUAAUUUACUGGAAACAACACUGAAUGAAGAAAACAAGUAGUAACAGCAACAAUACUAACAACAGAGGGUACAAGAAAGAGGCAAGCAAUUCACAUGGAAACCCCCUGGCAAGGGAUAGCACUCAACUGCUCCUUCCACCCCACUGGCUCCAGAGAAAACCCUUUCCCCAUGCCCAGAAAACUACAUGAGGUGGUAUAGAGUAACCUCCAGGUCUCAGCCAUGCCCCUUCCUGGCUAGUGCAAACAUUAAUUCUGUCCUGCCUGGAACCAGCAUGCCCAGGCUUUGAUGGGAAUACUGCUAGAUUCAUCAAAUGCAAUGUAUUGUGUUAAUAAUACAUUUGUGUAUUUAUUGUUAGGAUUCAUUGGUUCCUUUAAAGGUAUGUAUCUUGUCUUUGUAACUAGGUACUUGUAUUCUAUAAAUCAUCACUUGGACUUGUGGCACUUCACUGUUUUAUCACUGUAUAAUAAACCUGGUGAUUGCUAUCCUGUGACUCGGGUGGCUUUUCUUAAAAACAGAUAUUUCCUUUCAUUUGUAAAUAAUUUGCUCUCCUUUCAACUCUGUCUCAAAUCCUGUUCUCACUAGGGAUUCUUAAGUGGAGAUACGCAUGUUUAUUUUUCUUAUCUAUUCUUUUCUCUUUUCUCUUUCAGGCCUCUAUUGAUCCAAGUUUCCAUUCUUAGUAGAUAUAUAGUAAUAUAGUGAUUAUAAGUGUAAUGUAAGUGUAAUGUGUAAUUGCUAAAUGUAUAAAUGUGAAUUAUUGGAUUCAAAAUACUGACUUCCCUGAUUGUACACAGUGGCUUAGCUUCUUGUCUUAUCUAUAGACUUUCUUGCUACACCUGCAAGGGAAGAGGGUGCAGGACACAAGCUGACAAGCUAAAAGUCUGUCCUGUCCAUCAAGGCAUUGUUUCAUCCUUUUUCUGCUUUUAGAUAAGGGAUUUUUCAUCAAAGUUUUAGUAAUGUAGUGUAAUUCAAUUUCCAUACAGGGAUCCCAAUUUCUUUGUAAGCUGUAAUGAGCUGAGACAUGCAAGUCCCCUGUAAGGUAGAGGGGGAAGUAUUAAUAUCAGAGUUAAACAAAUGGAAAAUCUGGUCGUGCAAGUCACUUUGAAGCUUUCUUCUAUGCUGCAAAAUUGGUCUGUAGCAAAGAGUAGAACCUAGUUCUUUUGACUAAAUUUAAGAUACAAAACUAUCACAUAGUAGCUGAUCUGUGGCGGCUGUUGCUAUCCUCUGUUCCUCUGUGGCAGCAAAGAGGAGGUGACUCAGCUUUAGUGAGGCUUUAAUGGUUAUCUAAUUUGAAUCACCAUGCGUUCAUUUUAGGAAGUGGUAGUCCCAUUAGUUUUUCCCUGAAGGGGAUGGGGAAGACUGUAUACUUCGCCUGACCUUAAAAUGUUCACUGCUGUACCAAAAAGCACUUGCUUUGUUAUUGCAACAGUGAAUAUUUCAAGGUCAGGACAAAGCAUACUGUGGUGGUGGCCACAGUGCAGAUCCCAGACCUUUGCAGCUGUAACUGUUGUCUCUUAGAGCUAUUGCUUUUCCAAAGUUAUUGACUUCUCUCAUGGCUUUCCUGAAUGUACUUCCUCUGUCUUGCCAGGUUGGCACUGCUUAAGAAAGGAUGACAAGUCCUAGAGGUCUUAUUGCUUCUUCUCUAAGUUGAGUUGUUAAUGUCAAACUGAUCUUGGAAAGUUUACCGUCACAACGCAGAUACAGCAAUGUUGGUGAAGGGAGUAGUAAGUGUAAAAUCUGCCUAUACACAGUGAUUUGGGCGUUUCUGAUGCUGACUGAUGAUUUGACCCAGAAAAACUUUUUGACUGGGAUAUUUCUUCCUCUCUUAACUUCUUUCUAGGGUCUAACAACAAAAUUUAGUCUUUGGGAAGAGUGGGAAACCAUUGUGCAUACUGCCUCAUAUACCAAAGAGGGAAUUAAGAAUUGUCAUUCUGAUAGUUGACACUGUAAAAUGUCAUUGAAGAAAGCUUUUUCAUGUUAGUCUUUAGAUUGACAGGUUAUGACAAAACUGCAUUCAUGUUGCUUGAAUACAUCUUUUGUCUAGUUUUACAUGCUUUUUGACUUGUCUAGAAAAUGACAUAUUAAGGUUUUCAUUAGCCUUAACCAGGUGUGAUUUUUUUUUUAUGGAAGAUACCUUGGUAGGACUGCAGCUGAAGGCGAGUAAAUCAGUGAAGCUUAGAAAUGCCACAGCCCUUCUUCAGAUGGUAGCAGGGAAUUGAAAGACUCAUUAAUCAACAGCCAAGUCACAGAUGUGAUGUCUUUCCUGCAACAGCCAACAGACUGUGAAAGUCACAUCCAACAUAUAAAACUGUUAAACAAGGCACAUCUACAAACAUUCUUAAACUUUUGUCUUUCCAUUUUACUUGAAAAACACAACUCUUUUCAUGUUUUCAUUAUUGAGUUCCUUUAUUUUAAAGAGAAAUAUUUUUUUGUUUUCCAAGCAAUACUAUUUAGUUUAGGAAAAGAAAGUAAACGCUGACACUGUUUUCACCCUUUGUUCAUUUUAAUACAACAUAUUCAUUUAAAUGGAAACACAGUUUUGAUUGCAAUGAUUAAUGUAAAGAGUUUCAAUAUUUUAAAUUUCUGUACACAGAAAAUGUGCAUGGAAGUUUUGACAGAAAAAAAUUUAAUACAGGGAUUUUCUGCAUAUAAAUGACUGGCUAUUUUCUUAAUGAUUUUCCAAUACUUUCCCCUACUACAAAAAUCAUGUGGAACAAAGAUUCAGUCAUGCUGUCAUACUGUCGUGCUGCAAUGUAGACAGUCAUAAAAUGUUUAAAGUGAAAUUAGUUAGAAGAUUUUAUUAGUUAAUCAACCUGCACUGAGUUUUUCACCUGCAGUGAUGGGAAAACCCCACAAUAAGAAGCCGAAGAAUGAUAUCGCCAUACAACUUUUCCACAUCAUGCUUCCUUAAACUUUCUGUAUCCCUGGAAUGAAGGAGAGUUUAGUCAGAAGUCUUAUACUACCUCAUAAUUUUUUUUUCCCUUAGAUUAUAUUUAAAUUUAUAUAUUUCCCAUGGAUUAAAAUUAAUUUUACUCCAUCAGAGUGUAUGAAUUUGUUAGAAUUUUUGUAUUUGCUAAUUCCUUGGUCUCCCCAAUUUUCACAUUUUUUCCAAAAAUAAAUGUUUAGUAUAAUAAAAAUGACUCACUAAAAUCUGAGGCAGAUGAGAACAGUUUCCCACCAUCAUCUGGGAUGAGUAAUUUCUUAAUAGCCGUAGUCUGAUCUUCUGUUUCUCUUUUAGAACAUCUGUCUUACUUUUGGUCUUCAUAUCCAGAAACAGAUUUUAAUUUGCAAUCCACAUUCUUCCCUCACUUUUUUUAUUUCCAGGGUUGCCAGUUGCAAAGUUAUUUUGGUCUUAUUGAAUUUAAGUAAAUUGAACUGUAUGUAAGUAUAGUGCCUGCUGAAUCAGUAAACAUCAUAGUGCACACAAAAGAUGAGGAAACAAUGGUGCUGCAUUUAUUGCAGCAAUAAGGUCUUAUAUUAUUGGUACACCAAAAGUUAUAACUGCUUUGCCUUUACAAGGUUCUGUCAGCAGAUAUUUGAAAUAAACAUCUCUUUAAGUUAUAUUUGUAACAGACUUUUUCUGUUUACUCAAAUGUGGUGCUACUGCUUGUUGUUGGAGGGCUUGUUAAGGCAUAUACUAUCAUGUUGUCAUUUUAGAAAGAACUGUUGUUAUUUAACAACCAUUUUUUGCAUUUUAAAGAGAUAUCACUAUUGGUAUCAGGGACAAUUUUAGUUUUGUUUCAUGUUUGACCAUAAAUUAUUGUCUAAAUUUUUUCUUAUUAGCUUUCUGUUAUUGCUUUAACCCAGCAAUUAAACAUCUCUGUAAAAAGACCCACCCUCUAAAAUAAUACAGAAAUUAUCCUUUUAAUUGUACUAAUAAAAAGCGUGAUAGCUGAAUUUAAGUACUGCCAAACUCUUCCCACAAAAGUAUUAACAAAAUUAUAUCCGUCAAUAAAUAUAGUCAGUAAAAUAACUAUCAUGAUUUCUCUUGGGAUAAUUACAUGGGUAAUUCAACAGUACAUUGGGAUAAAAACUGAGAGCAUUAAUAUGAUAUAUAGUUAAACCUCUGUAAACGGUAUGUAGACAAUUAAAGGUUUUCUUAUCUUUCAAGUAAAAAAGAAAUCUUUAAAAAUAUGUCAUAGCUCCUUAACAGUAAAUUUAUUUUCCAUUUCUGUCUUAUAUUUGGCAUCUCAUUUUUAUUGUUUCAUACGGAGUCACUGUUAGAGCAUGCAAUAGAAACAGUGGGCUUUAUAACCUCUAAGUGAAUGCAGAGACAAUCUGGUAUUCUUUGCAUAUCUCAGUGAUAGAUGGUUGUUAGCACAGUAAAAUUUGAUAGAGUGGUUUCAGAAUUUUAGCAUUAAAAAUGAAUCGUCAUUGAUCUCUGUCUAUCUAAACUUCAGUGCCAUAUUGUUGUAGUUCAUGCAUAACUUGACAAUAACUAUGAAGUUAUGCUCACAGAUCAUUCUCCAAUAUCAUGCCCAAGCCUCAAUAUUUGGAUAUUAACCAAUGUGAGUUAACCAGCUUCAGUCUAUAACUUUCUGAGGAAGAAAAAGUCAGAGAUACUUAUCUGACAAAAAGUGCUGCUUUUUUCUAUUACUUUUUCAUCAGGAAAGGCGUGAGUCCAGAACAAGAUUUGUGUGAUCGGGCUUUCAUAGUGUUUUCACUAUUGGUAAAAAUUUUUCAUAGAAAAUUAACAGAUUCUGAAGUCUUAAAAGACCAUGCUUUAGUUCAUAGCAGCUUAAAGGAAUUGCUCUAAUACUUCUAGAAGUAUGUGUUGUCAGUUUGUUGUUUACUUAUUUAUCUUUAUUUCAGUGAGGAUUGAUCCUUCUUUGGAGAAGGAAAGUUCCUCCUUUUACCAUGAUACUUUAGUUCUUUCAUUAGUUUAUGACAUUUCCUGAUGUGUUUUUUUAAAUUUGCUUAGUUUUCUGAUUUUAAUCUAUGUUGUCACAUGCUAAAUUUUUGUACAUGGAGUUCAAUGACUGAUUAAUCUUUUUAUUCCAUACUAAAACAUAAUCCUGAAUGUGCUCACUCACAUCCUUAAUGAGUUGACUCUGUGAAUUCAGUACAAUAACUUCAAUUCAACAUGUUAGGCUAGAUUGUAUGCCUGCAGUUUUGUGGCAUGGGAGGACUACUUAGAAUUAACAAUGUUUCUUUGGCCUGUAUUUCUCACAUAUUUGGUUAUGUGUCUGUAAUUUGCAGAGAAUCAUGUGCUUGUGCUGCAGUGCAUAGUUUGUAUCUUGUCCAUAUACAUACACUGAAAACACAGGCUACUGAAGUUUUAAUUAAAAUUUGAAUGGUGGCUUUUACAGGCACCUACUAGAUAUUCUAAUGAUUCAGAAAUCUUUUGUUGUAAAAUAAGGAAAUAAUGAACUAUACCAUUAGACUGUUUACUAAAUCCAGUCCACGCCAAGAGCAGUUUUGAGACAUUAUUUUUUUCAGUUUGAUUCAUUUAUGAUUUAUUAGAAAUUUUUCUUGAAUGUUAGUACUACAAGCUACAUAUCUGUUCAUAUACAGACAAACAAUUUACUAUAUUGCUCAUUUUGGAACGGUAGUGUGUUUAACUAAAUCUUUACCAUGAUGCAGCAAAUUAGAAUUUAAAGAAGUGAUGCUCUAUAUCUCGAGUAAUACACCUUUAGUCUUUGGUUACUGUAUCAUCUCUUGGUUUGAAAAAAAAAUUGUUAGAAUAAGUGAAGUUUUUAUGCACUAGUUCCUCCUGCUGGGCUAAGAAAUAGCAAAGUUAUGGUUUCACAAAGUUGAUGUCAAAUACCCCUGCAGUUACUGUAAUAAAGAAAUUAGAAUGAGGUUUUCCUACUGCAGUGAAAUAGCUAAGGAAGAAGGAUAUAGAAGGGAAGAUAAUUUUUCUUUUGCUUAUAAUACUUUUCUCAUAGUUUAUUGAAAUGAUAAAUAAUAGGUUUGAAACAUGUAGAACAAGCUUGGGCAUAACUGAAUUAAUUUUAAAAGAGCUGAGUUCUUAUAAGGAACGUGCACCCUGUGAACAGUGUUUUUUCCUUUAAUAAAAUUUUCUCAGCAUCCGAUAAUGACAUAAAAAUAAUGCUUUUAAAUCUUCUGAAGCAGACUUGUCAAGUUUUUUGUGGCUCUUGUAAUUGUGAAAUCUAAAGGGUAUGUUUUAACUCUCCUCGGUUACGCAUCUACAUCAGGUUCUUCUCAUGCUUAUUCUUCUGCAUAGUUUUAAAUGCGUGGGAGAAUUUGAUCAAUGUCCUUUUUAUAUUCAAAAUGAGUCAGCUUCUGUCUCAAAAGUGUCUUAUUGUCAUAAUGUCACUGCGUCUCAAGAUUUGUGACCUUUUGCUCCAUAUGGACUCAUGGUAGACCUUGUGUUUUUGCAAACUAGAUUGCUUUUGUUCCCCUGCUAGGGGGUAUCAAAGCCUUUUGGACUGAAGUUUUACAUGCUAGUAGAUUUGCAAAUAAAUAAAUAAAUGGAGUAAAAUUAUUAUACUAAAAGUACCCAACAGCAACUGAAAACACCCAACAAAGAAACAAACUUAAAGUUUAUGUAUAAUAAGGACCGCCAGAUGUCGCAAAGGCAUCGUGGAUGAAGUGGGUUUUUAUCCAAAAUGUGGCACUCAUAUGAGGAAUAGUAGUAUUGUGUUGGAGAGUUGAAGAGGCCAUAACAGGUCAGUGAAAUGUCCUUCAAACAUUUGAUUUUUACAUUUGAGAAUAGACCAAGAUGAAAAGAUAACCACAUAUCUGACAUUGACAUUGCUACCAUUUAGACAACCGAUGCAAUUGCCUUAUUCAAUGGGCUCAAUCAGAUCUUUAUUACUUUGAAACCUACAUAACAGAUUUAAUUUUGGUGGGGUUUUUUUCUUAUAAAAAAUUAGGGCUCUGAGCAGUACCAGAUCACAAACUUCUAAGCGUAAAUUUCUUAUAAUAUGUAUAAAGUUUCUUUUUCUCCUUGCUCUUUUAAAAUGUCAAAUACUAUUAAAAAUAGUACCAAGAAUACCAAGUAGAGUUGAAAGAAUUUGAACUGAUUUGAACAGCAUGUUUAAAUCAGAGUAAAACAAAUUGAACUUGUAAAUAAGUAUUUGAUGAUUGAUUUUUUUAUUGAAAGAGAAUGAGUAUGAUAGUGGAUAAAGUGAUUUUUCUUAUUGAGAGAAAAUGUAGUGUUUUUAAACAUGUCUUCAGUAUGAAUGGAAGGCCUGUCAAAAAAAAUGAACAACACAUGAUAUAUUUUAAAAGGUAAAUUAACUUAAGUAUAUCACUUAGUUUAUGGAUCAAAUUUUACAACUGAAAAAAUGUUGUGUGUAUUCCUAGUGUCAUAAAGCUUACAUUUAAAAGAUAAUGUUAUUACCUUUGUUAGGUCAUGGAAAAACCUAAUUUUAACUGAGUUUGUGGUAGAAUUUAAAGUAUAUUUAGAAGAAAUGCCAGUGCAAAAAAUUAAGUCCAAAAUAUGUAUUCAUGUACAGAUCACAGUCAAAUCCCUAGUAAUUUUAAGUAUUUAAAUACAUAAUUCAGCAAGUAAGCUGCUAUAUGCUUGUGUUUAAUGGGCUCUGCCUCAGUAUGCAGGAGCUGCCAAGAUAAAAUACGGAGCAAAUACGGAACAUGGAUCAUUCUAAUUUAAUUAUGACUAUUCUUAAAAAAUUAAAUAAAUAAAUGUCUUUGUGGUUUUGUGUUGUAUGUAGAAAUCUGCAAUCUUUAUUGCUAAUAUUGAAUUUGAUUUUGUUUUGUAUGAUUCUUGCUUAUUUCUCUGUUGCUUGGGCACAUGUGCAUAUACCACUUAAACACAUGAUAUACAAGUAUAAAAAUCAUAUUGAGUCAAAUCUUGAAAAUUUGCAGACUUUUUUUUUUAAUUUUUAAUUUAUACAGAGUACAUAUAUAUAUAUAUACACACUCUUCACUU